CCUCAGUUACAGUCCUUUAACUACCCGCACAGAGGACAAUUGUUGGGGAUGGCUUUAUAAAGUGUCCGAUGCUGGGAUCAGUCCAGCUCCCGGAUGGAGUUGCAGAGAAGAAUAUGCAGAAAGGAACAGCGAGUCCUCAAAAACAAAGAUCAUUCCGAAUAACUAACACUCCACUGUUUCACGCUACCCUCCCUUCUGCAGCCUAUGCUCAGAGAGCUCACAGCGGCCCUUGUCUCUCACUGUAACUGGGGCGUCAAGUCUGACAAUAAACAGGGGUCAUAAACGUGAACAGUAAAUGGAACAGCCGAGUACACGAAUCAGAUCGAACCCAGCUGCCCGCCGCGAAUCUCCAUGGACUGUUCCAGGUUGCAGAAGGAUGAGCUGAGGGAAAUGUAAGAUUGACAUUAUGAGCAAAAUUAGGGAUUUUAGAUUGAAGUCUGUGUUAGAACUAUUGGCUUUAAAUGAGAGUGCGAUUCAGUGCAAGAACUGCAGCGGUGAACAGGGUGUGGCGAGUAUGUGCUGACGAGAUUAAAGUCCUGUUUGUCAAUGUGAUAAGGAAAUACUGUUUACCCAGGGAGUGCCUGGUUACCCGUAAAGGCACGCACCGCUGACUUACUGGAGAUCACGGGAUCGAGAAGCCGGAGAUCAGCGCAAGGUCCUGCCUAAUAAACUCACACCGAGCUUCCUCCCCCGCGAUUACCGGGAUUUAUAGUCAGACCAUCAACUGGUUCAUCGUGAGCCAAACAUUUAACCAAGGACACGAACCAAACCGAACCAGAUUGCAGCUCGUGACUUCUCUCCGGGCUCCUCUGUUGCGCAGGUCGACAAGGAAACGUAACAGGGCUCCCAUAUUCAGAUUUAGUGAUGUUAGAUGAACUGAGAGUUGAAACUAUUUUUUCUGUCAGCGUCACUGUGCGAUAUACUGCAAGGCCUGUGGAGGGGUUCAGGGUGUCGGAGGAAUGUGGUGACGAGAACUUCGGAAUCUGUGGAUCCUUGACACAAAGAAACCGAACGUGUAACAGAGGGAAGGUCCAGCAGUAAAAAUGGAUAAAGGCCCAAUGUCGACAAUGGACGAGCUCUUGGAAAAGUGGGAUGAUUCCCAACUGCUCCAAUUGACAGAUCAUUACCGGGAGAGACUAGAGCAGGCGAUCGAAGAAGCGGUGGACAAAGUCGGCUUCGUUUUAACAUACGAACGAUUUUUCAAUGGCCAAGACUACGAGGAAGUCAUCAAACGUGCGGAAGGAGGAGGACGUGCUGCCGGUUCUACACUCCUGCUCAGCCUGGUCAUGGAGAAGGAGCCCCAGUCCCGAAGGAUGAUUUGGAAAUGCUUCGUGAAAAUGCAACACAUGCUCCCUAAAUUGGACAAACUUCUCGAUGAAGUGGAGCAACAAGGUUCUGAUCUGAUGAAGUCUUUGAAACACAUGCACUUUGUUCCCGAAUUAUCUGAUCACUUGAAAGAUCCAAAGUCCACACUCUCUGAGCUCCUGACACAGUGGGACGAUUACAAACUCUUCCAGCUGGGAAAUUUCUACCAGGAUAGACUAACGGAGGCGAUUGAAGGACGGGUUGAAGGUCUCAGCCAACUGUUGAGAAACGAGGGACAUUUCAGUGGACGUGAACAUGAGAAAGUCUCUGAGCUCGUGGAGAAAGGACACCGGAUAGAUGCUUCCAAGCUAUUCCUCAAUCUGGUGACGGAGAAAGGCUCCCAGACCCGGACGGUGAUGUGGAAGUCCUUUGUGGAAAUGAGGCAGGAGUUACCAAAGUUGGACAAAAUACUGAAAGAAAUCCAGGAGUUCGGUUCUGAUACACAAGAAUAUAUGAACAUGGCCCGAGGUUUAACUGAACUACCCACGGAACUGAAAGAUGUUCAACAGAAACACAAGAGGACUCUGCGGCAACAGACUGAAACACUGAGAGUGAACACCAUCCUGAUGAGGGAGAAGGUGAAGGUUUUCCAGCUGGUUGAUCGAUACGCUGAGCUCACGGUCAUUUCCACUGUUCGACGUCGGAGACUUGUGGAACACGAGCUGCUGGCAAGAGGCCGGGACCACGAGGAGUGGAGAGAGGAACAUCUCCGGGGAGAGUUGGGAAAAAUCCGGACUGAUCAGUUGUUCCAGGGCAGCCUUUCCUGGAGUAAAUCCAAAUCUGGGAGCUCGGUAGCAGUGGCCGGAGUCCCGGGGAUCGGGAAAACAACCAUGGUGCAAAAGAUUGUUUAUGACUGGGCCACGGGGAAAAUAUACCAACAAUUUCAAUUUGUCUUCAGCUUUAAGUUCCGGGAUUUAAACACGAUUAAUUGUACAAUAAACUUGUGGAACCUGAUGGUAUUUUUCUAUCCUUACCUGAGGAAUGUUCUGGAAAAGCUGUGGAAGAACCCAGAGAAGUUGCUGUUUAUAUUCGAUGGUUUAGAUGAAUUCAACGACACAAUCGAUUUUGGUGACUGUCGGAAAGACACAAAACCUCAGCAAUUGUGUACAGACCCUGAAUUCCGGUGUAAGGUUUCUGACAUUGUGUACAGUUUAAUCCAGCACAAGCUGCUCCCAGGGUGUUCAGUGCUCGUGACCACCCGCCCCACUGCGUUACAUUUAUUGGAAAAGGCGGAGAUCAGUGUAUGGGCUGAAAUCCUGGGAUUUGUUGGUGAGGAACGGAAGGAAUAUUUCAGCAGGUAUUUUGAAGAUCAGGCGGUGGCAGCAGCUGUUUUCAAGCACGUGGAGGAGAACGAGAUCCUGUACACCAUGAGCUACAACCCCUCCUACUGCUGGAUCCUUUGUCUAGCACUGGGCCCUUUUUUCACAGAAAGACACAGGGACCCGCAGAGAGUUCCCAAGACCAUCACCCAACUAUAUUCCUACUAUAUUUACAACAUCCUGAAAAACCACAGCUGUAAGAUUGAAAGUCCCCGUGAUGUGUUACUGAGGGUUGGUCAGAUGGCCUUCACAGGAGUGUCCGAGAGGAAGAUUGUGUUUACCGAUGGAGAUUUGAUCAAAUACAAUCUGCAGCCUUCCCAGUUCCUGUCCGGGUUCCUGAUGGAACUUUUGGAGAGAGAGGAUUGUGCCCGGAGCGUGGUGUACGCAUUCCCACACCUCACCAUCCAAGAGUUUGCAGCCGCACUCGUAGUGUUCUUGACUGCAGAUCCCAGUGAUAUCAUGGAAAGACUCAGUGAUUUUCACAGCGAAGAAGACGGGCGAUUUGAGAUAUUUCUCCGUUUUGUUGCUGGUCUCUGCUACCCAGAGUCAGCUCGGGGCCUGGAGGAAAUUCUGGGCCCAUUUCCCAAUCAAACUACCUGCCGAGUGAUUGACUGGGUGAAGGCGGAGGUUAAACGCCAGAUUGGAAACACAGGGACUGAAGCUGGUAAAAGGAGACUCCUGAACACACUGCACUACCUGUUUGAGUCUCAGAACCGUGGACUGGCUCAGGCCGCGCUGGGAGCUGUGGAAACACUUUCACUCAGUGACCUCCGCCUGAAUCCCAUUGACUGCGCCGUCCUGUCUCAUGUCAUCGGGCUCUGUGAUACAAUAAAACUCCUCGAUCUGUAUGGCUGCCACAUUCAGUGUGAAGGGCUCCAGCGGCUGGGACCAGAGCUGCACAAGUGUCAGGAGCUGAGACUUGGGAGUAAUAAACUGGGAGAUUCGGGAGUGAAGCCAGUGUCUAAGGCUCUAAGGCACCCGGAGUGUAAAAUACGAAGUCUGGAGCUGGAGAAUGUCGGUCUCACAGGUUCUGGUGCCGAGGAUCUCGUCUACACUCUCAGUGCAAACGGAUCGCUGCUGGAAAUUAACCUUAGUAAUAACGAACUGGGAGAUUCAGGGGUGAAACCUUUGCCUGCGGCUCUGGGGGACCCGACGUGCAAAAUACAGAGACUGUGGCUUGAAAAAGUCGGUCUCACAGAUUCUGGUGCCGAGGAACUCGUCUCCAUUCUCACUGCAAACAGAUCGCUGAUGGAAAUAAACCUGUGUGGUAAUAAACUGGGAAUUUCGGGAGUGAAACUUGUGUGUGCGGCUCUGAAGGACCCACAGUGUAAAAUACAGAGACUAGAGCUGGAUGGAGCCAGUCUUUCGCGUGAUUGGUCGGAAGAUCUCGUCUCCGCUCUUAGCACAAACGACGCUCUGACAAACUUGGAUCUCGAUCGUAUAGAGUUGGGAGACUCAGGAGUGAAACUGCUGUCUGCGGCUCUUAACAUCACCAAAUACAAAAUGCAGAGACUGAAGUUGUGUGGUGUCGGUCUCACAGGGUCUGCUGCAGAGGAUCUCGUCUCCGCUCUCAGCACAAGCCGGUCACUGACGGAGCUGGACCUCAGUUAUAAUGAGCUCGGAGAUUCUGGAGUAAAAGUGGUUCCGUUGUGUAAAAUACAGAGACUGCGCUUGGAGAAGGUCGGUCUCACCGGUUGUGGUGCCGAGGAUCUCCUCUCCGCUUUCAGUACAAACUGCUCACUGACAGAUCUGGACCUCGGUUGCAAUGAACUGGGAGAUGCAGCAGUUAAACUAGUGUCUGAGGCUCUAAGGAACCCAGAGUGCAAAAUACAGAGACUGCGGCUGUGGGACGUCGGUCUCACAGAUUCUGGUGUCGAGGAUCUCGUCUCCGCUCUCAGCACAAACCGCUCACUGACGGAGCUGGAGCUGGGUUACAAUUCGCUCACCGACCGAUCUGUCCCCGCUAUCCGCCGCCUCAUCCUGUCUCACCCGAAUCUGAAGUGUAUCUGGCUGUUGGGGAAUAAGUUCGGUUGGACCGGGAAGAAGGAACUGCGGUCUCUGCAGGAGCCCAGACCCGGACUUCAGAUGACACUUGAUUGUGUAACGUCACCGCCUCCGUACACCGAACGGCCGAGCAUAACGGUUUCCAGAUCAACCUGGCGAACUUGAGACGUCCGAGGUGGCUCAGAUGUCGCGUGAUCCAGCCGCCCUUCCGCACGGCGCUGCUGUUGACGGAUAUUUCUGCAGCCAUUCAGCAGCCCGUCCAUACAAUGUUAAUUUCUCAAAUUCCUCCAUCUGGAUCUGCAGCCAGGAACUGCAGCCGUCUCGGGACCCGCUCUCAGGUGCAAUUUUGUAAUCAGCUGUUCUCCUGAUGUGCAAUGACGGGGAUAAACGUGACUGAUUAUUAACGGGUCA